AUGCCCCACAGAUUGUAUACAGCCUUCCAAGAUCAACGAUAUCGAGACCUUCUUAGCAGGAGCGAUAUCAUCGCGCUUAUCAUUGGUGGCAUAACGAUUGCUAUCAACCUUAUCGCCAUAAACCACCUCUGCCGAUGCUACUACAGACGGAAACUACACGAACAAGCAGUAUCAAAUAACACAAACCUCAACGGCACCACGACAUAUACUGCAACAGCACCCCCUCAACCGAACAGCCCUAUCAAUGACUAUCGAGAAGCAAACUGUCUACGCCCACACAGAGUUGAUCUCGAGAGCGGACUAGGCAGCAAUAGGCAAAAUACAAACCAUAUACCCACCGCCCCGAAUUUACAGGCCAUCCUCGCAGGCGCUCCGAACAUUCAGUUUGUCAUUCCACCCCUCCCACAACGACCGCCGCCGGUGCAGCGGAAAUUGGAAGAUGAGGGGAUAGGGCGACAUGGAUUAUCACUCGACAAUGACAGAUAG